AUGAUUCGCUCUCAGGAGCUCAGUGAAUUCAAGCGUGGUACCUUGAUAGGUUGCCACCUAUGCAAGUCCAUCCAUGAAAUUUCCUUGCUACUAAAUAUUCCACAGUCAACUGUUAGUGGUAUCAUAACAAAGUGGAAGCAACUGGGAACAACAGUAACUCAGCCAAGAAGAGUGCAUGUGCAGAAGUCGCCAACUAUCUGCAGAGUCAAUAGCUAAAGACCUCCAAACUUCUGAAGGGAACUCUUAAGGAGUCAGCAUACGAAGACAUUUUGGACAAUUUCAUGCUCCCAUCUUAGUGGAAACAAUUUAGGGAUGGCCCCUUC